AUGUUGAGGCAAGCGCAAACGAUUUUCGCAAAGUAUCGUGGAAGAGCGUUUUCAGCAGUCGCCUCUCACCCGCUGUCGAUGAGCGUCAAGGAAUCGUGGAAAGAGCAUAGAUUUGGUAUUUAUGGAGCAUUCGCUGGUGGAUAUGUAGUCCACGUAGUCAGAUGUAUCUACAAGAGAAGAGAGCAUUGGUACAAAGUAGACGGAAUGCUCCAAGACUACAACAAGCGUUUAGAAAAACACUAUCGUGCACUGAGGCAAUUGGAGAAUGAUGGUAAACCCUAG